AUGGAGGGGAAGUACGUAACUACCGACAGCACCUGGCUUUUGAACCUGACGACGACUACUCAGGCCCCCAACGACUCCUUCAUAGGAUUACCGAGGGAAGGUCCCCCUUACUCUACCGCCCAGGCUAUCAUACUCGCUCUAGUGCUUGGAAGUAUUGUCAUAGGGACUGUGAUUGGAAACGUAUUAGUUUGCAUUGCGGUGUGCCUCGUGAGGAAACUUCGAAGGCCUUGCAACUACCUCCUGGUGAGCUUAGCUGUCAGUGACCUCUGCGUGGCUCUGCUAGUAAUGCCAGUAGCAUUGCUCUACGCGAUACUAGGAACUUGGCCUUUCGGAUCCAUCAUGUGCGACAUUUGGGUCAGUUUCGAUGUCCUUAGUUGCACAGCAAGCAUUCUAAAUCUCUGCGCGAUAUCCGUCGACCGGUACAAGGCCAUCACGAAGCCAUUGGAAUAUGGGGUGAAGAGAACACCACGUAGGAUGAUCGGAUGGGUAGCUCUUGUUUGGUGCAUGGCUGGCUGUAUCAGUUUAGUACCUCUGUUGAUAUUAGGCAAUGAGCAUUUUUCCACCAAAACUGGCGCAACCCUUUGUGCUGUUUGCGAAAACAGGUGGUACCAAUUUUACGCCACAAUGUGCAGCUUUUAUAUACCGACGGCCGUCAUGAUCUAUGUAUACUACAUGAUUUUUCGGGCAGCUCGCAAGAUAGUUUUAGAAGAAAGAAGAGCGCAGAGUCACUUGGAGGUGCAUAUUUACUUGGAUAUAGAACCGUCUCAGCAUCUUUCAGUACCAGUGAUAAAUCGUCAAUUAAAUUCGGAUGUACAAACCACGCAAACUGAUUCCCCUGGGAAACAGCAUAGAAGUUCAAGUGCUUCCACCACGCGAAGACCGCGGCUAGAUGCAACCCCGCAACUCACUCUCUGGGGUGGAAAUCUCGCUGGGGCGGACAGUUCUCUUAAGCGGAGAGAAAGUCAUUUACGGGAUUUUCGCCCUCCGGGACAUCUGAGCGAAAAGACACGACCACCAUACUAUACGAAGCAUCUCAGAAUGGUCCACGUUUAUGUUGGAAAUACCCAUUACAGACGUAGCCCGUCAAUACCAUUAGCAGAUCCUCUACUGGAAAUGGUCAUAACUGUCUCGAGUAUUAGGAACUUCGAUUUUCAUGCUGUCAAUGUUGGACCAGCACUCUAUAUCGGUACUGGCACAGUACCACCUCAAUAG